UGAUGUCGCUAGAUGGCGCUACUCGCCAUACACUUGCAGUAAAUAGCUCCUGAGUACAAUUAUUUAAAUAAAAUAGUAAAAGUGCUUGAAGUGCAUCUAAAACUGUGAAGACUGCUACAUUAUCAUAGUGUCGUUUUGAGCGUGUAGUAAAUCACAAUGAAUAAUUGCAACGGUUGCUUGAAUGAAAUAACUGGCGAAAAAUAUCUUCGCUGCAAAGAUUGUAAUAGCUGCUUCCAUCAUAUAUGUCUUAACAUCAGAGAUGAACAGUUCUUAUCUCUAUCAGCAACUUAUAAAACUUCAUGGACUUGCCCCUCGUGUUGUAACGUAUCCCAUCGGAGGAAAAAUAAUAAUACUCCAGUAAGAAAACAUCAGCUGCCUAUAGAUGACAGCCACAUGAACAUGUCCUUCGAUGUGCAAGAUAAUAGCACAACAUCCAUAGCUACCACAGAGCCAGGGCCUUGCUGUUCAGGGUGCAACGGAGGUGUCACUAUGGAGAAAAUCAGCGCUUUACUCGAUGAAAAAUUGAAAACUACUCUUGCCUCUUCUAUGAACGACUUUAGAUUAGUUCUCAAAGAAGACGUGAAGUCAAUGGUCAGGGCUGAAAUGGGCGGUAUGAUCCAAGAAAUUAAAGACGACCUGAACGUAGCCACGGACUUCUUCAACUCCGAACAGGAAACCCUGAAGACACGAAUUGCUAAUAAAGAAGCUUCCAUCAAGACCCUGGAGGCUGACUGUGAACGCUUACACGCAGACUUACGCUACCUAUCUACAAAAGUAUCUGCCCUGGACAAGUCAGCUCGCAGCUACAAUAUCGAAAUCCAAGCAGUUCCUGAAAAUCGAAAUGAAAAUGUCUCGUCAUUAUUCAAAAAGCUCAGCGAGGUUGUCGGCUGCCCCAUCUCCGACAGCUGUAUCCAGGCCUGUCGUAGAGUAGCGAAAAUGGAUAGUUCAUCUAGACGGCCCAGGAAUAUUUUAGUUACACUUUCAUCACCUAAACUCAAAGACUCUGUUAUAUCCGCCGUACGGAGAUUUAAUAAAACAAACCCAAAAGACACCCUGAGCUCCCGGCACCUGGGAAUCACUGUCGCAAGUCAGAAAAUAUACGUUGUGGAACAUCUGUCGCCUGAAUGCAAGCAGCUUUUCGCCGCCGCCAGGCGGUUUGCUAAGGACAAUCAAUAUAAGUACGCCUGGACGAAAUUUGGACGGGUCUACGUACGAAAGAGCGACAUUACCAGCGGCAUAUAUAUUAAAGAUCUCGAUACUUUGAAUAACCUAGUAUGAGUAUUUGGGUGCAUAUCAUAAAUAUAUCUAUAUUUUUAAUUAGUUUUAAUCUUGCCACUAUAUAAUAUAUUUUUUCAUAAUGUUAGUUUUUUAUCAAAAUGUGAAUAGAGUUCGAUCCAAAAUUAAUGAAAUAAAUUUAAAUGUAUUGUCAAAUAACUACGAUAUAAUUUGUCUCACGGAAACCAAUUUUAAUGACAGUGUACGUGAUUCAGAGUUAUUGGAUUCUCGAUAUAAUAUUUACAGACGGGAUCGGUCUAGCACUUCUUU